GAGUUCAGUACCUGGAUCGGAUCUACAAGUAAAGCUGGAGAAAUAAAACUACCGGAUAGAAUACGAGGUUCUGUGAGUGUGCGCUGAUGUAAGUUUGUGAGUAACGUAAUAUAUAACUGAAUAAAGUUAAGUAAAGAGAGAGGAGUGUGUUGGUUUGGUGGUACAACGGUCGUAGUGAGUCAGUGAGUGCAUGUACAGUGAACGGUUUCGGUUUGUGUCACUAUUCGCGCCGUUUUAUAUCAAGGACUUGUAUAUAUUACCUACCCGAUAAUUGCUUAUAUUUAAAUAUAAUGUCGAUGCUGAUUUUUUAUAGAACUUCUCUGCUCCCAUAACACAAAUCCACCUGAUAUUUUACAAAUAAAUAAAUAUAUAAAAUGGGAUUCAAACUCCACAAUUGGUUCCGCAGACGCCGUAGUAAAGAGGAGAAAAUCGCCGGGAUGGUUUUGACCGUCACCGAAGAUACGCCGGCAGAUAUGCUGGCCGGGAGUAUGGAACUCCUGGUCCAACUGCCACGAGAUCAUAGCAAUCAUACUGAACGUGUCACCGUCGAACGGAGCACGGCGAUGAUGGAUCUGCUGGUGCAAAUAGCAACAGCACACAAAUUGGCAGCUUCGAGUUAUACUUUGCAAGCGAUUGGAGAACGCGGUCGGAUUUUGCCCCAUCAACCGAACACUCCCAUCGGCGCACUCGAUGCACUAGAGGUUAAGUUAUUACCAAAACAGGGGACAUUCAUUCCGAGAAAAACGAAACAGGCGAGUCAACCGUUUGAAACAACUUUUAGAUUACAAGUCCAUCUUCCACGCAAUCAGCUUUAUGUAUCACGAGUGAGCCCAAAGACGAAUCUCGGUGACAUUUUGUCUGAAGUCUGUCGUGAAAAGAACCUGGACAAGAAUAAAUACGAGCUUCGGCAUCCAGGAAACCAUAAAGAAAUAUUGGAUUUAUCAUUAUCUCUGCAAGACUAUCAACUGCAAGAAGUAACCUUGUACGCAAAGCAAGGUCACAGUUUAGGCUCAGCACUGAGUUCCCAGGACAUAAUGGUGCUGCAGCGUCAAGAGGAACGUCGACGUCACCAAGCCAAGCAAAGUAUCUUCGGUUUCAUGUUUAAAAAAUCAUCAAAAGAGAGCUCGACGGCCAGCACCGAGAGCGGGAGUUACGGCGCCCGGAGCGUAUCUCCAGCCCGAAGUGAUGAUACCGGCAGAAGCAUAAGUCCACUUGUUGCUCCCGUGCCCACAAGGCCACUGCGAAAAAGACGCCCGGCGCCCAACCCUCCAACUCGUCAGCCCACAACAACAUUAUCAUCAACCACCACCACAGAAGCCUCCAGGGAAAACGAUGUGGUCACCAGCAAUAAAAAAAAUUGCGAUACCACUGAAGACAAACUGGUAAUAACCCACAGCCGUAAUAGCAGCGACAGUUCUGGCUACCACGAGGCUUCAGUGCUCAGUGAUAAUCCUGAUUCCGCUGGUAGAAUGCCGGAAACUCUGCCCAGGAGAACCCGAGCACCGAGCAGCAAAUUGGAGCCGCGAAAACUUGCUCAGACUUCCCAGGCCAGCAAAAGUCUCUGUAAUUUAGCUAUCAGCUCCGGUGGACUCAGUCAUGCUAAUAGCAAUACAUCAUUAAGUUCAACAGAAACUAAUUCCAGUAUUAGAAAAAAACGGGCGGCACCUCAACCUCCAGUGAGUAGGCCACUGUCCUCGGCGAUAUCAUCUCUGGCUCUUGAGCGUAUUGUUGACUCAGAGGAGUCUCUUACUUCGGACAUGGGUGUAUCAAAGCCACCGUCAGAUAUUGCUGCGUCAUCGGAAACAGAAACUCACUCAAAAGCAAACUCAGAUAUCGUUGUUGGCAGUAAUACAAUUAAAACAGUUGCCGAUUUAAAUCGAACUAACUUCGAUGAUAAGUCGAAAUCGCUAAUUGUAAAUGAUAAUUAUAAAUUAGAUGAGAUUGAAAGCAGUAGAAAAGCGCCCAUUCCUAUUGAAGUAUCUGUAGUCAUUGAAAAAAAAUCAGUUCCCGCUGAAAAUUUAUCGAUGAAUGAACAAGUAAAAACCGUAGAAGCUAAAGCUAUUAAACGAGCUGGAUUAUUUGCUCCUAUUCCUAAGCCACGUAGUAGAGGACCCGUAGUUCCAAAGCGUAUUAGCUCCGCUUUGUCUUCACAAAGUCAGUGGGUACCAGAAGUAACUGCCGGGGAAGAAAGAGAAUUUAAUUUACAAGUCAGUGACAAGGAGUCAAAACAAGAGGCACCGGAGCUAAACACUAAAAAUUCCGAGGGAGCUGGAGAUAAAAAAGAGGAGAGAGAAGAUAAAAAAAAUGAUGAUCUCUCCGUCAGUUUAAAUCUCCCAGCCAGCUCGAGUGCAUUGAAUUAUAAUUUCUCCUCGAGAUCUCCAGAUAUGGAAGCUGGUAGAACAAAACUGGACAUAGAAAGCCCUUGGAAUGCAUUGUCUAGCAGUGAGACGCCUAACGAAGAACAAUAUCACCCAUUUAUAACAACAACUGCCUCUAAUUUAACUCUACCAAUGGAAAAUUUACUACACUAUAGAAAUAUCAAAGAAGGGGAACCACAUAGUCAAGGGACAGGGAAAGCAGGCAAUGAAAGUCCAACCGAAAUUGAUCGUCUGCUGCAAAAAGUUUCGACGACUCUAGCGAGCGUUCUCCCGGACGAAGAAGUUGCCAAGUCCCGCAGCGAAGUAAAAACCACCGAUCCGGAAAAAAUAUACGCCAGAGAUUUAAAUUCUCCUCAUAAUAAUAAUAAUAAUGAAGCAGGUUCGGAUCAACAGAACUCGACAUUUAAUUCACAGCAAGACACUUCGGACUAUGUAUCAGCAAACGGGGAAGAUUUGUCUGGCACCGAUUGGGAAUAUCAAUUACCGGAUCCACCAUCAGCGUUUCGUGAUGACAACACACCAGCAGCUGAUUACGAUGGCUACGACACCAUUACCCUGCGAUCUGUUGAAGCCUUCAAAGAGCCAAUUGCCAUUGAUGUAGACACAAAUAAAAAUAUAAAUUAUGACACCACUGAUAGAGUAAUUGAUAGUUGCAGAAAAACGGAGCGCGUUCCAGAUGAUAAAUUGUCUGAUCGUUCUGCGACUGGGGAAAAUAAAAAAGAGCAAGAUGUCGAGUUGAGAAGAAAUGUAAUAAAUGAAUUGGAGAGUAAACUUGAGAGCGGGUCUUUUAGUCAAGGAAACAAAGUGACGGCUGAUGACAGCAGGAAAUCGUCUAUUGAAACGUCGACGCCAAAAGUCGCGCCAAUUGAAAAUACUCUGCCGAAUUUUACAAUAACGACUUACUCAAGACAAAAGAGUUUAAAUAUUUAUGAUUCCAGAGAAUCGACUCCUAAAUUUAAGGAUCCUGCUGAAGACAGGAUUGUCAAGACAUUUGCAACUUUGUCACGUAAUAUUAAUGCUAAUUCAAUAUCUAAGUACAAUAAAGAAUCAUCCCCAGGUUUUGUAGGCAGCCAAGUAAAAGACGAAUUUAAAACUCCAACAAAAGUUGAGGCAAAAAUUCCACCAGAAGUUGAAGAAAAAAUAAAAGCAGAUUCACCUCCGGAAUCAAUAAAUAAUUCAGUCCAUCGGUCAAAAAGUUACAUCGUCUUGACAAAUAAUUCCAAGUACCGCGAAAAUAAAAUCUCUGAUCAAGUCGACACCGGCAGCAUGAUCAAGUCAACAAGCGUCACUAAUUUAAAUAAAGACAACACUUGGUCUGAUAACAAUAGCGCCAAGAUAUUGAAUGAAAAUCUACAAGAGCGUGAAUUGCAGUCUGUCCAACUGCUAAAGAGUAUUUUGCCUCAAUUAAAAAGCACUCAGCCGUCCCAAGGUGAUAAAGAAGACGAGGACAAAGUGGAAGUGAUGAAAAAUGAUAAUUCUGGGCAAUUUACUAAAGUAAAAUUAAAUAGCGAAGACAAGUCGGGCUCUGAAUCGCCAGCUCGUAAAUCAGAGCAAGAGAUAAAACGUUACAGAUACACCGGGCCACCGGCAAUAAGUCUCGGUAGCUGGUCAGAGCGUCCUCGUGCUAAUGUUCAGAUUAAAAUGGACACUGAUUACAAAUUCGGCGUAAAUACCAGUGGUAGCAAGACCGUCGUUAAUUUAAAUACCACAAGUGACACCAACACGGUGGUUAAUUAUACCAAUAAUUAUGUCAAAACUUUGCCAAAGAGUAUCAAGAGUAAUGUUAUUAAUUAUAGUAAUGAUAAUAAAAAGGUGUCUGUUAAACGGACUGACAGUCAAGUCAAUUCCACUACGACCGCUACCACUGGUUCUAAUCCAACAUCAACAUCAACAACAACAACAACUGCUAUCACUCAUAAUAAUAAUAAUGAUAGUGAAUUCAAGCAGAUUAAUUCCGUAAAAUUACACACGAGAACGAAAGACGAAGACAAACCAGUCGUAACAAAUGUCGAGCUCAAGAAAUCGCAUAACGACAAACCGGAAUUUAAAGUUGAUGAUGAUAAUAAAAUAGAUACGAGACCGGUUAAUUUUAAAGAACUAACUCAAACUUUUGGCCAAGUUAAUUUAAGAACUAAAACACCAAAAUAUAUAAACAAUAAUGCCCAUCGGUAUUCAGAUAUAUUUGACCCCAGGUCCAACGAGUCGGUAAAUAAAAACCCGCUGAAACUCUCAGCGACUAAUGGAAGCGCAAAAACUCCGAUAGCCAACGGAGGUAAAAAAUACACGUCCGUCGUUGACAUUGACACCCAGCACCUCACCAACGGGUUCGGACAAAAAAAAUUUAACAAUACCGUCACUAGGCUGAACGGACCCGCGACCGCUCCCAAGGGGUUCAAGAUACAAUUUAACGACCCCGGGAAAUUCAAUUCAAACUCGGAUAAUUUGAUUCAAAAGGAAAUCGUUAAAGUCAACUCGCACGUACCACCUCCGCCGACGAUGCCCAUCAUAACUGGAGUGACGUUAAAAAAUAAUAAUAACUGUCGCAAAAAUUCCAGGCCGUUAUCGGCGCCCGGCAAAGAUCCGCGGGAUCAAUUGCUGGAGUCCAUUCGCGGUUUCGGACGAGAUAAAUUGAGAAACGUCAGUAGCGUUUCUUGAAUUUGUUGAAUGUAAUGUAAUUUUUUUUUGAGUAAUUAAUCACUUGAUUAAUGAUUGUUGUAUAUUUGUUAAAGUAAAUGUGGAUUAAUAUAUAUAUAUUUUUUUAAAAAAAUAAAACAAGCGCCAGUAAGUUGCGAUUUGUUGACUCGAGUUGUAAUUAUUGUCAAAAGAUGAUUUAAUAUUUAAGAUAUAAAUUUAAUUGAUAGUUAUUUAAUUAAUUAUUAUUAUUGUUGUAGUUUUGCAUCUGUCAGGCUCAAUUGUAACGACAGGGCAAGUUAUUAGCAGUGGAAAUCUAAUCAAAUUGAUAUUAAUAUUGUUGUAUGCUGUACAUAGCUUGUUGAUGCUUAAUUAUUAAUUAAUAUAUAUAUACAUGUAUGUUUCUUUGAGAGAAAUAAUAAUAAUAUUAAUAGUAAUUAAGAGUUUAAGUUUAAUUUAAAAUCAGUACUACAUUUAAUUAUUUUUUUUAAAUUACGAAUUUAAAAAAAAAUUAAUUGUUUUUUUGUACUAGCGUACUUGCUAUUGGUUUGAAGCAGAGUCCAGUGCCUGGAAAAAAAUUAUUAAGUGAACGGGUAUUUUAUAAUUUACCGCCCGUUUAAAACGUAAUUUUAUCAGGUGAUAAAAAUCACUGAGUUUAAAAAAAAAUAUUUGUACUGAAUGCGUUAGUCCAAAGUAUAUAAGAAAGUUAAUAAAAUAUAUGAUAAUAAUAUUAAUAUUAAUCGCAGUAUUUAACAUUGCUCACAUAAUUUAAGAAAAUUCAACGUGACAUUGCAUUGACACGGAAAUAAAUAAUAAAACAGCCUGACUUUGGUUAAUUUUUAUUUUUAAAAAUUAUUACCAAAGUUUAUAUAUUUAUUAAAAUUUAUAUCAAUGCAAUUACUUGGAUUUUCUACUGGAGACCAAAGGUUUUAUUUUAUUUUGUAAAACAAAUGCUGAGUCAAUUGGAUUUUUUUUUCUUGGGAAAGUAUGAAUAUAUAUACAUAUAUAUAGAUAUAUAUAUAUGUAUAUAUAUUUGUAGUCUAUUUAGUUGUAAGGAAUAAUUAUAAGAUAAAAUAAAGAGGAUUGUGAAGAAAUAACGUGAUGGUUAUACAUCUUGAACCUGUAAUUAAAUAUGUAAACAUAUUAUAAAUAUAUAUAUAAAAUAUAAAUAAUUUAUUAACGCUGUAAUAUUGUAUGAAUAUAAAAAUAUUUAAACAUAA